AGAGCUAUGAACGCGGAAACGCUCGGGUGACUUCGUUUUGCGCGGCGCGCACGAUGGCUCAUGAGGAAGGCACUCACCGAUGAACCGAAACCAGUGAUCGAAACACACGCGGGCCGACGACAGCGGUACAGCUGGCCAAGUCGGCCGAGUUUCGACAUUUUGGAUUGGCUUGGCCCUUCCUUCAAAAUUUGUCAAUUUCUUUUGCUAUAGUUUUUUUAGUUUGUGAUUGCCCGAUACAGAGAUCGCCGCGGUCAACCGAUACAAAGGUAAAAGCGCGGGUAAAAGCAUAGAGGGUAAAAGGGCCAAGCGGUCCAAGCCAAGCUUGUUGGGCCAAGCUGAUCAAGCCAUGGUGCCAAGCCAAGCCAUAAGGUCGAAAUCUUGAAAAGCUCGCGAUAAAAUGUCAGCUCGUUGCGUUGCCUGUGAUUGGGCCAAUAAUCUUGACGGCAAAGAUACUGCGAAGUUUUUUAGAUUUCCGUCGAAACUCAUGUAUGCCGAGAAGAGAGACGCUUGGGUAGCUGCGGUGAGGAGGGUGCACCCGGACGGCUCGCUAUGGGAGCCGUCCGGGGACUGCCGGAUCUGCAGCGCGCACUUCAUCACAGGACGGCCAUCGAACUUCAAGGACCGCCCUGAUUUUGUGCCCACCGUGUUCAACUACGCAAGAUCUCCUGGCGAGGCCGCAGGCCAGUCGCAUGACCUAUGUGAGGAAAGGCAGGAAGGUGACAGAGCUGUACCUGUGGAGGACACCAGCUACCAAUGUAGAGCUACCAAGGACAUCUCGUUUAAAUGCUGUUUCUGUGCCUAUGUAACCACAGAUCAGCAUGGAAUUAUUAGCCACCUGGUCUCCCACGGUAUUGAACAGUUCAAGUGCCAGCAUUGUUCAGUGUUAUGUGAUUCCAUGUCAGAAUUGCAGUGCCAUUCUCAAAUGCAUAGAAGUGAUUCGUCCUUCAAACGUCCCAGUUCUCCGAAAUUGUCACUCAGAGAGCAGGUCUGUUUGACUCCCACACAUACCUGCAAGUGCCAGUUCUGUCAUUUAGCCUUUAAGGAGCAUGGUGAUCUGACCAAGCACUAUCAGACACACUUGGCAGAAAAAUCUUUCAAGUGCAAACAAUGUCCCAAAGCCUUUGCACAUAAAAAAAGUUUAGCCAACCACAAAGGAACACACACAGGUGAAAAAGCUUACAAGUGUAAGCAGUGUCCCAAGGCCUUUGCACAUAAAAGCAGUUUGGCCAACCACAAUCGAACACACAGAGCUGAGAAAGCUUACAAGUGUAAGCAAUGCCCCAAGGCUUUCACUCGUAAUAGCUAUCUGACCAUCCACAAUCGAAUGCACACGGGUGAAAAGCCUUAUAAGUGUGAGCAAUGUCUGAAAACCUUUGCUUAUUCCUACAGUUUGGCAGAACAUAAUAGAAUCCACACAGGUGAAAAACCCUACAAGUGUAAACUGUGCUCUGGAGCCUUCUCUCGGCUAUCAACCCUGACCUACCACAUUCAAACACACACAGGCUACAAGCCUUACCAGUGCAAGCCAUGUGCUAAAGCCUUUUCUCAGAAAAGCAAUCUGACCAAGCACAGUCAAGGGCAUACAGAUGAAAAACCUUACAAGUGUAGCAAGUGCUCCAAAUCCUUUGCUCGGAAUAGCAGCCUCACUAUCCACAAUCGAAUGCACAUGAGUGAAAAUCCUUAUAAAUGUGAGCACUGUCUGAAAACGUUUGCCUAUUCGUACAGUUUGGCAGAACAUAAUAGAGUCCACACAGGUAAAAAACCUUGCAAGUCUCAACUGUAUUUCAGAGCCCUCACUCGGCUGUCAACCGUGACUGACCACAUUCAAACACACACAAGCAACAAGCCUUACAAGUGCAAGCAAUGCCUGAAAGUCUUUACACAUAGUAGUAAUCUGGCUAAGCACAACCGAACGCACACAGGUGAAAAACCUUACAAGUGCAAGCUGUGUCCUAAUGCCUUUGCUCAGUAUAGCAAUCUGACCAAGCACAGUCAAGUGCACACAGAUGAAAAACCUUACAAGUGUAGCGAAUGCCCCAAAGCCUUUGCUCUGUAUAGCAGCCUGGUUACCCACAAUCGAAUGCACACAGGUGAAAAGCCUUAUAAGUGUGAGCAAUGUCUAAAAACCUUUACUCAAAAGAGCAAUCUGGCCAUUCACUAUAGAGUGCACACAGGUGAGAAACCAUACAAGUGUAGGCUGUGCCCGAUGGCCUUCAUUCGGCCAUCAACCCUGAUUGACCACACUCGAACACACACGGGCAACAAGCCUUACAAGUGCAAGCAAUGCCUUAAAGUUUUUACACGUAGCAGUAAUCUGGCCAAGCACCAUCGAAUGCACACAGGUGAAAAACCUUACAAAUGUAACCAAUGCCCCAAAGCCUUUUCUCGGAAUAGCACACUGACCCUCCACAAUCGAGCACACACAGGUGAAAAGCCUUAUAAGUGCAAGCUGUGUCCUAAAGCCUUCACAUGGAUGUCGUCCCUUAAAUACCACAAGCGAACACACAUGGGUAAAAAAAGUGAUAAGUACUAGCAAUUUCUAAAAACCUUUCCUCAGGAUAACAAUCUGGCCAUCCACAAUAGAAUGGAUGUAUAUAACUAUACAAGUGUAAGUUGUGCUCCAAAGCCUUUAUUUGGCUAUCAACACUGAGCUACCACAUUCCAAUGCACACAAGCAAAAAGCACAAGUGAAAAGUGUGUCCACAAGUUUUGACCAUCCACAACAAAAUCCAUAUGUAAAAUAAUGUUACAGGUAUAACCUGUGCAUGAAGAACUCGCAUUGCUUUGUGACUUUUAAAAGUGCUGAAAGACGAGGACCAGUAAAAGAAGACGCACACCAAGACCGAAUUUGCAACUGAAGUGCAAGUGCACAUUGUUUUUGAGCCUUACCAUAUCUGUGUGCACAGACAAAAUACUUGUAAGUGCAUGCAAUGCAGCAAACCUUUGCUGCAUUGCAUGCUUAGAGAAGUAUAAAGAGCAUACAAGAAAUUUAAUUUAUUUUUAAUCUAGGUUAGAGCACUGCACGGGCAUACUUUUUUUUAGGCCCGGCCCGGGCCCGCUGGCUCUUAGUUUUACCCAGACCGAUGGGUCCUACCUGAUCAGGCCCAGCCUGGGCCCAGCCCGGUGAGAGGCCAAGGUGUGCGCCCCAUCUCUUAAAUUCAAAGCUGCCCUGGAAAGGUGUUGGUGCAUUUGAUUUGUUUAGCAUAAUUUGCAUGAAAGACGCGGUCAUAUCGCAGUCACAUAGUGAACCUUCGAAAGCUUACACAAAUAUAAGAGAUGUAGCUUAUCUUUGGUAGCCAGAGGGCAUUUCUUCUUUCUUCAGGACUUCAAGAAGGAAAUACAAUCAUACUUUCCUCUGUGACCGGAUUGCCCUCGUUUUCUUGCCUAGAAGCAGCUGUCCCACUAUGCUGACGGAAUCCCCAGGGUUAUUCUUCAUAUCUUCUUGCAAGCUUUUUUUAGUUUAGGACGGCUCUCUUCAUUUCUAAUAAUUUUUUUAGUAACUGCUUUUUCGUUUUUUUCUUUUUCUUUUUUUUUUUUCUAAAUCUAAACAAUCAAUGCAUUUUAAUUUUCUUAACGUUUUAGAAAGUGUGCUAGACCAUUGCCUGAGCCCGGCCCAGGCCCGAAAACAAUCUGUGCUACCCGGCCCAAACUUUCGGGGUUGGCCGGUCCUGUGGAGAGCUCUAAUCUAAGUCACAAGACCCACGUUGGGAAUACCAACAACAUCCCGGGACAUUUUCUAACCUGUUCAGCCUCAGCAGGCACGUGCCGACAUGUAAGGAUCCUGAACAUAAGAUUGUACGCUCAAGGACGACUGGGAAUUGGCCUUUCAAGUACCCAUGAUGGCCCAGAAAGUUUAGUCAAAGUUACGGCUGGGUGGGCCACAUGCAGUUUAUGAGCACAAAGCCCGAUUUGCUUUUUUCAUAAGCCAUAUAUCAGAUUGCUGCUCUUUGUUGUCACUUGAAGGCAUCCGGGAGCGUAGAAUGACCUGUUUGGUGGGAACAGCGCGGAAAAGAUGUGAGACUAGGACGAAGAAAUACACAGGCGGGGCGCUGUCUGUGUGCUGCUUCGUCCUGGUCCGUCUUUUUUGCGCUGUUCCCACCAAACAGUAUGUACCACCAACUAGCCCAACUACAUGCCUUGUUGUGGUUUAUUGGCUGGUCUGCCUUAAUGAUGAAACAUUAAUUACUUAAAGCAGUAGCAUUUUCUUCAGUCAUCCCCCUGAAACAUCCCGGUUGCCACAUCGAAGUGCUUGCACAGGAGAGUGAGGUAUGCGCACCGUCCUCCCUUUAUCACGCACUUGUGAGAGUCGUGGGACGAGGCGCUCACUGGGUGUGCCGCAGUCUUACCAAUGUCUCGCAAGAGGACGGAGCGGACUCUGCUGAGUAUGAUUGUGCUCGACGUGCCAAAGAGGUGCUGGAGGACCGAGAGCGACUUUUGUCCACCGAUAGAGAAGCAAGGCGGGCCCGCUCUGCUUAGCAGUCUUAUCGCAUACAGGCAAAGUCUUCAAUGAGGCACCGCACAAACACAACCCUAUUCUUUUUCAUGGGUCAGAGCGGCUAAAUAUUUGUUCUACAUCUGAAUACAAACUGAGCCACGCUUUUUGGAGUGUUGUCAGCUGCAUUUGCGAACAUGGUUUAUUGUGUUUGUUUGGUUCAGUUUUAUUUAGGCUUUUUGUGUAGAAAAGUUUUGGCAUACAAUAAAUGCUUGACAA